UAACACAAUUCAACCAGACGUUGCUUGGAUGUAUUAAGUACGCAUACAACCGACGCAGGUCUGACUUCUUCGUUUAUGUUCAUUUGUUUUUGUUUUGUGUAAAAUUGUCUUACAAUGGAAAUACGUGUCUGGAAAACGAUUCUAUUACAGUGGGUGCAAAAAUGCAAUUUCAUAGAAAAUAUUACAAGUCUAGAAAAUUCCGAUAUAGAGGCUUUCUUUGCCUUUUAUGCACAGUAUGCUCAAGUUAAGCUACCGGCGUCGCCUUCAAGCGUCACAAUUCCUCUGGAACUACUGCAAACUUUUCUUAGAGAUAACUAUCCAAAUUUUGAGCCGCGUUUGGAACUUGAUGGUCGUAUAGUAGCAGCAGAUUACAUUUAUGUCUACACACUUCUAAUGCACUACACCUGCGUCCAGAGUCCUAGCGAAUAUUUUCAAAAUAUUUGCACAAAUUUACCAUACAAUAUCCAGCAGUACAUAGCUGAAUUUUUCCAACAGACUAUAAAAAAGCCACAAAUGACUCGUAAUCAUUUGCACGAGACCAUUGUCAGUAUUCCCGUGUCAGUCCAAAAUAAAAGUAAUGGAAGUAAUUCUAUGAUAGACAGCAACACCCUGGACUCGGCUUCACUCGAUGAUGAUACGAGUGCGAGUACGAAUCCUGCGACGCCAAAGACUGUGAAGCGGGAACUGAUUAACUUUCCAGGUGUCAGCCUAAUGCCAGCCCCGCCCACUCCUAAAACUGAGCUUCUUGAACAGUGUACGCGUGAGCUGUUGGGAUUACGUGCUCAGUUGGAAACCGAACGGUAUGAAAAGACGGUUCUAGAGGAACAAAUAUUAGAAAAUGAACAUCUGAUAGAUUCGCUCACUAAAGAGAAUGUAGUGAAAAAGAAGCAACUGACCAAAUUUACGGCCACCCUUCAGGACGGAGACGACAAUGAGAACACUUACAUGCAUAGCUAUGUACCCAAUGAAUUUGAAAAUUUAAAAAAACAACUGCUCAAGAAGCUUAGCAACAAGGAUACUGUCCUUGCCAAAAAAAAUGAAGAGAUGCAUGAGCUGAUAAGCAAACAUGGCAAGCUGGCUUCCAAGCUUAAAAUGUCAGAGGACCACGUGCUUUUUUGUAUAGACCGAAUAGGCGACCUGGAGCGGCAAUUGGAGAAUAUGUCGCAGUUACUGACCGACAAAGACGAUAAUAUUGCUUGUCUACAGCGUGACAAAUUGGAGCUGCAGCAGUGUCUGCAAGAGACACGUGCCGAGCUACAUAAUGGUCGUGAAGUUCUAAACGCCUCCUUGGAUUUCCUGGAAACUUCGCAGUCGGCCGAUAGCAUGAAUACAACACCAGAAAAUUUGGCUUGCUCCGUUAUAGAUAAACAAUUGCGUGAAAAGGAAGAGGAAAAUGACGAGCUGCGUAAGCAUUUAACAGCCAUCGUGGAAGAAAAAUCAAAUUUACUGUGGAAACUGUUAAAGAUCAUGAAACCCUUUCAAAUGGAGAUGCCAGCGGCACCUGAUGUUUCACAACUUGUGUGCUUAAAUGAGCCAGAAGUAGACCAGUUGUCCGUCCACUAUGAGCAAGAGCUGCAACGUGUAAGAGAACUGCAGGUUCAGUACUACACACUAAAGCAGCAAAAUAUGCAGUAUGCAGAGUACAUUCAAGAGCAAAUAAAAAACAAAGCGGAAAAAUUUGAUCGCGUGUUAGAAGAGACUCAGUUAACUCUGCUAUCUAGUAUUGACAAGCUGCAGAAACGCGACAAGGAAAUUGGGCACUUUGCUAACAUUUGCCAGGAACUUGAAAAAAAAGAUGAGCAACUUGCGCAGGUGGGCUGCGAAUUAAUUCAACGAUGCAGUCAAACUCGUAUCCUAGAAGAACAAAUCACCGGCGAAAGAGAAUACUCAUUCAGUCAACGACCCAAGUUAAACUCGCAAGAAGUAGUCAUUAAUUCUCAGAAAGAUCAAUUAUUUGAGCAGCGGCAGCAUCUAAACGACAUUAAAGAGCAGCUACAGUACUUAAUAGACAUGGUAGGCGCUAAAUUUAAUCAGAAUACAACUUCAUCCGCUACCAGCGAAAGUUGUCUGGUAUAUAUGAAAAAUAUGUUGAUAUGUUUGCUGACAAGAAUAUGCAACCAGGAUAAGGAUAAGAAGUCUGAAAAUUUACUGAAUCAACACUGCCGCUUACAAUCCAGCAGGUAUCAAAUGAAUGUGUCGAUUCAAAAUCUUCCCAAGCAACAGCAUAAUGCUGCAAAUACAAAUCAAUUUCAGUUUGAGCAAGAACUAAAAACUAUAACUGAAAAAGCAAAGCUGCAGAGUAUAGAUCAAACGCAGCUUAUGCAACAACUGGAAGAUGAGCGACAUGAACGUUACAAUCAGACGCUAGAGAAGGCACACGUUGAACAGGAGCUGAUGGCAUCCCAUAAGAAGCAAAAACAGCUGGAACAGAAAUUAAUGGAACAAACGGAGCUGCUGCAAAAGGGCGAGUCCACCAGCCAGUCGCACCAAGAUCAGAUUAUGAUACAAAGACAGCAGUUAGACAAACAGCAACGGGAACUUAAUGCUUUGCAGUAUAAGCUGGAAGUAGCGGAACAGCAGGUAAAAACGGCAGAGGCACAGUUGCAUAAGCAAGAAUCCUUGCUUAUACAUAUCAACAAACUACAGGAUGCGAUAAAGGAAGAACAGCAUGCAAAUUUAAGUUUAAAACAAGAGCAAUUACAGCAAAUGGAGCACACACGUAUUGUCGAAAAGGAUUUUAAAGCGAUUCAGUACAUGCUUGAAAAAAGGGAGGAGGAAUUAGAGAAGAGCAAAGUGCAGCUGGAAUCAAGUACAAAGCGCUUGGAGAAAGUUGCCAUUAAACUAGGGGAACACCAGGCACUUUUAUCUAAAACGCAACGCGAAGUAACUCAGUUCAAACUGGCACAGAAAGAACAAGCAGAGCUUAUCAAAGCGUUGCAACAUGACAAGGAGAGUCUGCAGUUGGAAUUGCAAAAGAACAAGGAGCGUGCAAAUCGUUUAGAGGAAAAGCAGGCUAGCUUGGCAUAUCAACGUGUUUUUGCGGAGGCUGCACAAACUGCAACUUAUGGACGAACUAUAAAGCUGGAGAGAGAUUGUAAAAAAACAAACAGCACCAUAAUACAGGAUUUACAGCUGCAGGUGAAUGACGUCGAGAAGGAAAAAGUGAGCCUGAUUCUUGAAAUGGGCGGCCUCAACUCGGAGAUUGUGCAUCAGCAAAAACGUAUAGCAGAUUUAAGUGCUCAAUUACAACAAGCAAACGAGACAAUUGAUGAAAUGCGUAGCUCAAUGCAAACCAAUGAAAAGAACGCUUGCAAUGCUCAAGAGCAGGAACUCGAUCGGACACGGCUCCUACAUGAAUCGAUACAGUAUCAACCAAAUGAUAAGAUAGAGCAACCUAAAUUGGAGAACAAGAAUUCGAUAGGCCGUGAGACUUAUUAUCAGCGCAAACUUAAUAUACCAAAAGAUGAGCCAGAAAACAGCAAUGAUGAAGCUAGCGAUUCACAUAAAAGCCAGGAUAGGCUGAUAGAAACUUUGGAGAGUUAUAAUUCUAACCAACCACAAAUGCAGGAAAUGCAGGAACAACUUGAGCAACACCGAGCUAAAGCACACCAGCGUGAGAUCGAUUGUCAGAUAUUGCAGGCAAAGUAUCGCGAAACAAAGGAAGAAAUUAAUCGCUGUGAGCAAAAGCUCAAGGAUCAGCGUCUUGAGAUGGAGGGGAAAUUAGAAAAGAUGAAAACAAAAAUGCGCGCAUUGUACACGGCGGAAGUUACCCGUAUUAAGGAGAAGCAGGAGCGCGAUGCGGCCACUAAUAAGGUUAAAAUGGAAAAAUUCAGUGUUCAGAGUGCUAAGUAUGAGGAGCAUACUCAAAAGCUAUCUAAUCAGAUUGUGCGCCUUAAUGAAAAGAUUUUAGAGCAGCAAAAGCAGCUUACCAUUCUCAGUACCAAGCUGCGGCACCGUCAGGAAGCCGACCAGGCAACGACUGCUUUGGCGGCUAGUGAUGAAUGGCAACCCUUUAAGCGACCUCGUGGGCCACCUACCAAUCUUGGCAGCAAUUUGGCAAUGGAAGAUGAAGAGGGUGAGGUGUUUAAUAACACUUACCUUACAGAUCUGAAGCUGGGUAGUGUGCCGAACAUGACCGCUAAAGAAUUGCAUCACCGCAAUUCGUUGCAACCACCACAUUUAAAGAGCGCCUACGCAGCGCAGUAUAACUUGGACGCCCAUGAUGACGAUUUCAAAAACGGUCCACUUAGCCUAGACGACAGCAUGAGUGCAUUAUUAAGUACUACGGAAGGCAACGGUGCCGGAACGCGUAAAAAGUCGAUGGGUACUCACUACAAGCGCCCGGGUCCGCCAACACCCAGUAAAAAUGGCGGCCGCUUGUCGUUUGGCAGUAUGGAACCGCCGCGGGAAAUAUUACGGGAGACUUCUGACAAUAAUGGUAUUGCUAAGACCCCCGCCCGCUUCAAGAUCUUUGCAUCACGUUUUAGCAUUGGUUCCAGUGGUAUCGGUGGCGGGGGACAUUGUCUGUCAAGCGUCGAGCAACGACGUCGACGUCAACGUAAAAAAAAUUUGUUUACAGGUAUGCACCGCCGCAUUCCGGAGAUGCGACCAGCGAAAUCUUUUUUCAGUGCAACUCCACGUAAGAGCUGCUCCUACUUUGAUCACCAGCAAGUGAUCGCGCAAUGGGAUGCGGCAUCAAAGGUCCAAGAGCAUCAUCCGCCGGGCAAGAUACAGCAUUUUUCUAACACUGUGUUAUUAGCCAUGAAUAAUGGCCAGGACAGUGCGCCGAAAAUUUGUCGUAGCCAGUCAGUGACGACAACUAGCUCGACUAUCAGUCUAGCAUCCGUUAGUCAAAUUUUAUUAAGUGGAUGCAAGCAGACAGACACUGCACGCUCGUCUUUUUGCUUGCAUGGUACAACGACGGAAUAUAAGCGCAUGCAGCAACGAAGCAAAAUAAAACAACAACGUGAACGAUGUUUUGAUCAGUGGAGGCAUUUUUCUGAAUCACAGUCUAAAGAAAAAUAGGCAAAGGAUGGUAAUGCACCGUAUUGCGCUGGAAAAAAUUAAUAAUAACAAUUAAAAUGUAACAAGCCACUGCUGAAGGGGCUGGCUGACCAUCAUGAGGCGCUUAAGCGACAGAAUUCGGCGAAACGUGGAUUUGUUGCUCUUGUUCACUGACUGCUUUUACAAAGAAAAAAUAGUUAGAAGAUAUAAAGUAACUUGACAGCAGGCAGCGCGUCUUAAAACAACACAUCAAAUAUCUUUCAAAAUUAAAGAUUGAUUUCAACUAAUUCUUUUAAUACAAACAACUUCCGUUGUCC